AGUGCCUAGUAGUACCACCCACCAGUGCCCAGCAAUGCCACCCAUCAGUGCUGCCCAGCAGUUGCACCCAGCAGUGCCAUCAGUCAGUGCCACCAUCUGUGCCACCAGUCAGUGCCGUCAGUCAGCGCCAUCCAUCAGUGUCACCCAUCAGUGCCGCCUAUCAGUGCCCAUCAGUGCCGCCUAUCAGUGCCCAUCAUUGCUGCAUAUCAGUGCAGCAUCAUCAGUGCCUCCUCAUCAAUGCCCACCACUGCUGCCUCACCAGUGCAGCCUAUAAGUUCCCAUCAGUGUUGCCUAUCCGUGCCACCUCA